ACUUCGACCUUUCGCAACUACAAUCUGUAGAUGUUUCUGGAUGCCACGUCUUAUCUGUCUAUCCUGCCCUGUUGUUAAUAAACCUAGACUCCAACCUUUACGCCUUUACUUUCUGUCCUUCUCCCCUGUUUGUAAUAAAAGCAGCCAUGGCGGGAGCUGGUGAAGAGCUAAGGAAACAGGGGGACCUGGUGAGACACAGAGGUGGCUGCCACUGUGGUGCCGUUCGCUUCGAGGUGUGGAGUGCCCCAGAUUUGCACGUAUUCAAUUGCAAUUGCAGCAUCUGUACCAAGAAGCAAAACCGCCACUUCAUUGUCCCUAAGUCCCACUUCACUUUGCUUCAGGGGUCAGAGAACAUCACCACAUAUACGUUCAAUACACAGACAGCCAAGCACACGUUUUGCAAGACAUGUGGGGUGCAAAGUUUCUACACACCGAGAUCUAAUCCUGACGGAUUUGGUGUGGCUCCACAUUGCCUGGACCCUGGAACCAUUAAGAGUGUGACGGUUGAGGACUUUUGUGGGGAGAACUGGGAGGAGAGCAUGCAAAAACACAAGACUAUCAGGAGUAUGUCCAAUCCAACACCAGAGAACAACUGACCCACUAUAGACCUCUGAGGUGUUGUGUCAUUUUGUAGUCACCAAAUUGUUCACAUAAUUGAAAUUUUAAGAUGUAAAUAGUAAUUCAGGCUGGUUUGAUGUGAAAUGUAAAGAAACGUAAUUGUCAUAAUUGUUCACAGUGGUGGUGAAUGGAACCAGACGUCCAGAGCAUUUAAUGGCUUUGAAAGCUACAUCACAGAAAGCUAUUAUUGUAUGGAAUGGUUAAAAACACUUUUCCUGAUAAUGGAGACAUAGUUUCAUUAUUUUUUAAUUAAGCAAAUAAAAUCUAGCUACCUCUAUCUACCUACAAUGUAGGCAUUGUAACACCUGGUUCCUGUCACCACCACUGUGCUUUAACAUUGUUUUAAGGCAGUUUUACGACAAACUUUUGGCCUAAAACACAUUUUCACACCACUUCAUGGUGGAGGGGUACGCACUGGGCGUUAAUAGUCACUACACACUAGGCAGAAUAGUCCUCAAAGAAAAGUUUUCUGAUUUUUUUUACUAUUUUACAUUUAACAACAUUACAUAUAAAAAUCUGAAGACAUUUGUAGGUUCACUGGUCGUUUUGGAUCGUUUCAUUAUUUUUAAUCAGAAAAUGAAAUAAGUCUAUAUUUGUAUUGAGACAUUGUAACACCUGGUUCCUAUCGCCACCAUUGUAAAGAAAUCUGAGUCAGUAUAUUUCUCUACACUGAACCAUUUCACAUCAAACCACUUGGUCUUGGUUAAUCUCAGCAAAUCAAAUUAUGCAGAACUGUCAAACUGCACUUUAAGUAAACUGAUAUUUAAUGUUGAAAUCGGACUGCAUAAAUCUUACACUGACUAUACAUCAUAUAGCUAUACUUCCAAGUAUGCUCUUUGCCAAAUACGUGGUAUUGUGCCAUUUACAAAGUGCAUCAUGCAAGUUGUGAGCAAAUAGCUCAGAACCGGUGGUGCUGGGAUGGCCUGCUUGGCCACACGAUUAUAAAAAUGAGUAAAGGGUUACUCAGAGCCAUGUUGUAGCCAUUCUGUGUAAUGCAUCUACUGAAUUUAUGAAAUAAAAAACACACCAUACAUAUGCUG